AAACAAAAACUUUAUGUUGACGCGAAAAAUCUCUGUGUUAACAUUUUUGGUAUUGAGAAAUUAUCGGAUUUAUUUUCGAAAUUUUCUACAAUGAUACCAAAUUUUGCAUCAAAACAGAAUUAUAACUAUUUAAACAUCAACAAAACAAAAAAAGCGAUGUUGAAUGUAAUUCGAAAGAAAACUGUUGUAGUCGUUUAAGAAUAAAUACCAAAAUAGCACUUAAACUUGAGUUCUCUAUUAAACCAAAAAAACUUUCGAACAUUGUAUCUCGUAGCCAACAACAUACAAGUAGUGUUUAGUAAUUAUUAAACACUAAAAUGUUCAAAAAAAUAUCGUACUCCAAGAGUAAGAUCAAAUCUCGUUGCAAAAGAUGUAUUUGAGACAAUUCAAAAGAAAAGUUUUUAAUAUAUCUAAAAACAAACACGAAAUCUUCACAUAAACUCGUAUUUUUCAACAGUGAGAAUCAAAUACAAUUUGGUUGUAUCGCUAUAGACCUAGUUGAAAUUUGUAUUAUAAGGAGCUGAUUUAUAAACCUCACAUUUCUAAAUGUAAUAUGAAAGAAACUCGAGUUUUGAAAGCAAUAAACUCCAAAUCUCUUGAAAAAAGUGCAGACAAGCCGGUUUCUGUUACUCCCAAAAACAGUCACUUCAUUACAAAAUCAAGUGAAAUGUUUAAAUCAUUACAAAAUAUGAAAAUUCCCAGGCUUGGCCAAACACGCUUAAGUCAACAACACUUUCCCUUCAUUGCUUAUACUCCAUUAGUCACCCUGUAUGCGUUAUUGCCAAACCGAAAAUGCCUGUUUAGAAUAUUUUUAUAGAAAUGUACUUGCACACAAACACACACAAUCAACGAAACACACCGAAACUAGAACCAUUAAUUUUGCCAUACAGUUUUGUACCACACCCGCAGCCCCCUCAACCGACUACAAUUGUAUAUGUAUGUAUGUGUGUGUGUACGCGCGCGCUCAAAAAACCAUUCAAAUUUCACUCGCACUUCUAUUUCCGUGGCGCGUUGUGAGCGCGCUGCCGCUGCGAUGUGCUUCCACUUCGAACUUUUGCUGCUUUCCGCUCAUUUUAGCACACCGCUAAAGCAACCAAAUAGCCAACAACCAUACCAAAAUGUAUAACAUUUAGCUACAAACAAAAGGCAACAAAGAAUGUUUAAAAGCACCAGAAAAACAACACAAAAAAAAAAGCAAUAAAUAUUAUUAAUGUUGAGAGCGGCGAGUAGUCCGAAGCGGUGCGCGCACAUAUAUAGCAUUCAGUUUGACACAACGACUCUCCGUGACGUGCGAGCGUGCACGGGUGAGCUAACGAACGCGCGCGCUGCUGUUGGCGCACAAGAGCAAACGAAGCGCGAAAAGUUUUCAAAAAUUCUAUUUUUUCGGUACUUCGCCUACUCGGUGGUUUUCGAAAACAAAUCGAGUGAAAAAUUUUGUGAUUUCUUACUCAGGCGCGUUAUGUGAAUUUGUACUGUACACAGCAGCGACGCGUUGUUGCGCGAGCACUGUUAUGAAAUCGGCUGCGUGCUAUAUACAUAUGUAUGAUUUGUGUGUGUGUGCCAAAUACCAAAAACAAUUGGAAAAAGUGCUUCUAACGCAUAUCCAAAAUUUCGUUUUUUCGAAACCUAAAAAGCGCAGUGCGCCAACAUUAGCAACGCUGCGUUGUGACAUUUAGGGAAACAGUGCGCGUGACCAAUAUCUCAGGGGCCGUCGUCCACGACAUAGUGAAUAUCCGUUGACGCCGUGCUCAGCCGCGCGCCGGUCGGUGCUACUUUGUUGAACAUUCACUGGGGAUCACUCAGUAUUUUCAUAGACCUACAGUCGAACAGAAUGAGUCGACAGAAUCUCGACCACCGAAACGAAUAACAAGCACAAGCACAUAUAGCAACAGCUAACAACAGCAACAAUAAGAAAUAACAAACGAAUUAGCGGAAAUUUUGAAAUACGCAAUACGAAUUUCAAUUGAUUGAGCAAACUUUUUCAUACGCAACGAACUUUCAUUUAAAUUGAACCGAUAUACAUAAUCGUAUAUAGAUAUAUAAAGAUAUUUUUGUUUUUGUUUUUCCUGCGUACGCGACCUUAGUCACCACAAAAACCACUGAAAAUCACCGCAAAGUAAAAUCUAAAAACCAAAAAAAAAAAGAAAAGAGAACGUGCGCGGUUAACCUAAUUAUCAUAGUAGUGGUAGAGUACUGAGACAUUUGUAAGCACAAGGCAGACACUUGAACACGGGCCGCCCAGAACUAAGUAGUCAAUCAAUAGUGAUCGAUGCGCGAUCGUGUUGAGUAAGGGACAACAAGUGCAAUAGCAAAACUAACGAAGUGAAUUGGAAAUAACAUGCCAAAUUAUCGUCAGAAGAACAAGAGGAACAAGAAUAAGAAUCGACAGAAGAAUCAACAACAACAACAACAACAAAAUAAGAACCAAAACCAGCAACAACCAGAAAUACAACAAACCCAUCAAAACCGGCAGCCGAACGACAAUAAAGACAAUCAAAGUCAGGGUCACAGCAGACGUGAGCAAUCUAAUCAGCAGCAGCAACGGCAACAACACCCAAAAACACCACCGAAAUCACCAAAAUCCCCCACACCAACUGCCACCCAACACACACCGCCGGCAGACGAGCCGCGCACAGCUACUUCACCACAGCAGCAGCAGCCGGCGAGCUCAGAAGAUGCGCGAGAAGUGGACUCUAACGUCCCUGCUGCUGCGCUCAAUCAGUGUCAUAAUUUAAAUUCGAACGAACCCACAACCAGAGACAGUCACCAAACGUUCACAACUGCAGUUGAACGCGAAGAGUGCAAUCGUGUGGAAGAUGCAGACGCACAACUUUCGAAAUUAGACAAUACGGAAGCGGCGACACACAGUGACACAGCAUACCUAAACUCGGCGACAGUGGUGGGUGUAGAGCGCGACGCGGUGUACAGGUCCACGAUGGGCAAUAAAGAUUCGAAAACAUACAUCACAAGCAGCAAUGACGUAGCAACGACAGCGCGCACCGAAACGGUGACAACUUCGACUGAUUUGUGCGGCAUUAGUAGACCAGAUCGCACCAUAGCCGGUGCCAGAGAGUUGGACGAGCUGCAUACGGUAAUGCCGAAAACGCAAAUGGCAAAGGUGAUUGUGCACAGAAUAGUGCGUGAGACGUCAACGGAGGGGGGAGACAAUGAGCAGCGUCGCAAUGGAGACAUUGACAAGGUCGAACAAGUGGUGAAUGUUGGUGCGAGCAUGACAAGUGGGACGACGGGUGAGUCUAAAGUGGAAGUGAUGAAUGAACCAAAAAUACAAGCGACGUCGAGUGAUGGGCAAAUUGAAGAGUCCGAGCUGCAUGAGCAGUUACAAAGUACUGUGAAGGAGGGGAAUGAAGUGGGUUCUAAAGUGAUUGUGCACAAGAUCGAGCAGGAGCCGGGAGAAGAGCCAAAAGCAGAGCUCACAAAAGUGGAGCCGAAAGUUAUCGUCCAUGAAAUUAAACAAGUGGAAGAUGAUUUAACAGUUAGUCAGGAAUCAGAAGCUUUAACCGCACAAACAACUGACCAGACAUCGCAAAUAAAUGCAAAUGUGAUCGUGCAUAAGAUCGCACAGUCAACGGACGGUAAUGCAGUUGCUAGCAGAAUACAAGACAAUGGAGCCGAGAAGCCGACAGUGUCACCACCAACAAAUGCGGCUUGCGUUAGCCCCACAGGUAUGCCAGAGCAAAAUGAUGAUGCUAAAGUCAUAAUACAUCACAUACAACUUGAAUCUACAUCACCUAUUAACUAUCGCGUCGAUUCGCCGGAUACUGACAGUCCUACAACGCAGUUGUGUCGAAGCAAACGACAACAAUUGCUCAAUAAAAGUAUCGUACAAAUACAGGAGCUCAGCGAUGAAAGCUCCAGCGAGUACAAUGACAAUCCGCCUGUGAUAAGCGAAGCCGAGUCGGAGACCGAGUCCAUGGCUGGCGCUUGCGCUUUAGACUAUGCACAAGCUGUGCGCACACUCUCGCCGGAUAGCGAUGACAACUUCGAGAUUCUCCGCAAACCACCAACCAUUCCAAGUCAGGAGCAGCAAGAUCUGAAACAGCGACGAGCACAAAAACGCGUCGCACUCGAGACACAUUUCCUGCCACAACUGCUGAGUCCACGUUACCUGGACAGCAUCAUCGAGGAGAAUAGCGACAUGAGCGAUGCGCGCAGCGAUUGUUCCGAGAACCCACUAAUGACAACACAAUCCGGCGACGAUCUGCACGAUGCAUCCGCUUCGAAAGUGCGUAAGGCCAAUGAAGUAUUCCCGCGCAGCAAUUUGGAUUUUACGCGACGACAUGCGAAAAAACCGCUUGGCGCUUUGCCAAAAAAACCAUUACCCAUACGCGAAGAGCCUGUUGCCAUGGUAGUGGCGGCCAAAUUGAUCGAUAACGCACUAACGCCCGCACAGGAAUGUUGUACGCGUUUGUCCAGCGAGCACACGCCCGAAUCGGAAGCAGCUGAAGUGAUCUAUUUGAGUAGUUCGGCAUCGAGUAGCCUGUCCGAUUUGAUGGAGCUCGAUACGGAGGGUGACGGCGAUGACGAGUGCGGCAACAGCAGUCGCUCAACGAUCGAUUUGGACACGGACGCCAGGGAAAUCAUCACAAGACCGGACAGCGAAGAGUGUGCGACGACGGCAAGUGAUAGUCGCGAGAGUACACCUGUUAAUCAGGCAUCAACAAGCCUGUCAGAAAAUAAUGAAACGCAAAAAUUUCAUGCAAAUAACAAUAACAAUGAGAGUGGUAGUGUAGAACAAAUAACGGCAACAGCAGCAGCAGCCGCUGUUAAUGGCACAAAUAUUGACACAGCCAAGAUCACUAAUCCCAUUGAGCAAAGAAUAUUUGAGAAUUUAAAAAGUUUGCAAUUGCUGGCGGAGCCGAGUGGUGAGCGCACACUCUCCAACGGCAGUGGCGAAAUAAAAACAAGCACAACAACAAGAGUAAGUAAGCGCACAACAACAACGAUCAGCGAGACGGAGAGGAGUUCAGAGACAACAACGGAGAGGUGUGAAUAUUUGCGCAGCUCGAACAGCAGCGCCAACGGCAGCGGCAGCAGCAGUCUCACUAGCAGCACUGAUGCUAAGUAUCCGCCAGCCAUAAUUGCGACUAGUGAUAGUUUAAACGUUGACCCAGCAGUGCUGCUUGAAAAUAUUGAAUUAGAAAUGAAUAGCGUGCGCGAUAUAUUAAACUCGCAUACAAUCGAGACAACGGAGACAACGGCGACAACGUGCGGGAAUCAGCAUGUCUCCGAUACGCGUACUACGUGUGAAUUGAAAAAUAUUGAUAAUUUUAAUAGUGCUAAGAAUAGUUCGCUCUCUCCACCACCAAUACCACCACCACCCACCAGUGCUAGUGCUAGUGAUUUUCAUAGUGAUUUUACAGGUUUUCAAACACAGCCCAUACAACCACCGCCCGUACCCGCGCGCGCCACACAGGACACAGGCACACUCAAUUCCGCCUCGACACUUACAACAACAACAGAACAAAAGUGCGCACAAUCAGAAACAACAAAUACACUCUCCCCCAACACCCAUAACGCUUUGACCUCACUAUCCUUGUUGGCGCGUCAAGAGUCCGCCGAGUCCCAUUGCUCCGACAGCACCCAACACAGUCAAUGCACAGCCAUCAAUGUUGGCUCGCGCCCCUCUACCGAUCAUGAAUUGACGCCACCACUGACAGCAACCUCACCCAUUUCAGAUGCGUCGCAGCAACAGCAACAACGUCAGCACACUACCGAAUGGAAAUAUGGCGAAACUAGUGAAAGCGACGCCAACUCAUGCGAUUUAGAAUUGCCGAACGCACAACAAAAGGAUGCCUCAAUUAAAAAGUUACGUCUCUUAUGCACCGAAACAUUGGCCUCCAUGCCGUAUGGCGAGCAGGUGCUGGUAGAGCUGGCCACAGUAGCACAGAAUAUAGGUGAAUUGCAAGCGAAGCCGCCAACACAGGUACAACCGGAGAAGAUUUCACCGUUGUCACAAGGAAAGACAGGCGAACCGAACAUGCCAUACCCGUUACCCCAAUUACCGCACAUAAGCGAAUUGCAAUUGUCGAUCGCUGACGAACGCAGUGCGCCCACCACACACAGUGAACCGAAGCGCGGCGCACAGGUGUCACAUACGCCUACAACCCACAUUGUGCCGAUCACGCAACUCGGCGAUCCAGUAGGCGCACCGCGUGAUCUCACUGCCGCCUCUGCGAAAUUAUUGCACUCGCCGCCACCACCACCAGUUCCCGCGCCACCCGCACGCUACAGCGAUGCGCCUUGGUUGGGCUUGCCAACCGCCGCCGAUCCCAAUGUGCUGGUAUGUUUAUCGCCCGCGCAACAGCAGCAAUUGACAGGCAACAACACGCAAUCCGCGUCUCAGACUGGUGGCGCCCAACAAACUACGCCACAGCCCGAUCAGCUUUUGGAUGCACAUCAAAAAUUUCUGGAGCGACGUGGCUAUCACGAAUACACCGACGAACAGGUGAAAUCACUCAAUGCCGAAAUGCAGCAGGAGGAGCAACAGAUAUUGAAGACGGCGGCGUAUAUGAAGAAAUUACGUAAAAGCCUCACACCUCCACCGCCGCCCGUGCCGCCACCACCAGUGCCAGCGAAGAAUGCCGAAACGGCGGCGAAGGCACAAAAUCAAGCAAGAACAGCCGCCGCCGCGUCCACUUCGUAUGUGAGCAGCGGUCACAGCCAACGCGUUUAUGACGUAAUACAAGAUAGAAAUGCUAAUGAGCAAAUCGCAGGCACUUUUGCGAAUGGAGAACAACAACAGCAGCAGCAUCAAGCGAACCAGUCCGAACAAAAGCGCUUGCUAACGCUAAUACAGCAGCACGCUGACGCGCCAGCUGAUGCUUUUGCUGUUUCGGUAGAUGGCUCAUCAUCAGCAACAUCUUCGGCACACCAACAGACAUCAUCACUUGAAAAUAACUCAAGGCAAACGAGUGCCGCCGCCGUCGCUGCUGCUACAGCUGCUGCACAGGGUGGCGCGCCGACAUUCGCAGGAAAACAGACAACCGAUACACGCCAGUAUUCAAACGCAAACGCGUCCGAAUCAACCAGCAUUAGUAGAGUGUCCGACUUGUACGCCGCUAAUAAUUACACAAAGAAUAGUUUCCCAACAACAACAACAGCGUCAACGUCCUCAGUCAAUAUGCAGGGUGUCGAAAGUGAAUUGGCCAAAAUGUUUCCAUCGAUGGGUUCCAGCGAUAUAUUCGACAGCAAUCGUAAACGCUUCUCGAACAUAGAAUCCUCCACGACAGCGAAGGAUGGCACCUAUUGCGCACAGCUGCAGAGUACACUGCCCAAGCGAUACUCCAAUAUCGAGACGCACUCGUAUGAGGCGAAGAAACGCAUGGAGAAUGGACAAGUCAUCUACGACUAUAGCAAUUCACGCCAUGAGCGUCAAUCGGACGGUGACAAAUCCUUGGAGAAUGCAUCGACGCCUUCACUGCUGCACUUCCCCGUACGAGAGCCGUCCAAAGAGUCACUGCAGUACCCCGUGGCUGGUGAUGGCGUGUCAAAUAGAAGCGGAAAUAGUGAAAUUAUGUCAGCAAUAAAAUUAAACACAACAGAAAAUGCAAAAACAACCACGCAAGAAACUAAGCUAGAAACAAAAGAACAAAGCAACGGCAUAAACAUGACAAAUUUCGCGCACCCUGGCGCCACCUCAACCGCCACCGCCACUUCUACCACAGCUACGCCACAGCACAAUCCCACCGAUCGUACGUUUGGCACAGCGGCAACAACAGCAACAACGGAGACCACAAUAAAAGAAGAACACAUUAAAAAUAGCCAAGAGUUUGGUAGUGGCACGGCACAGCCGCAAGCCUCAAGUGGUGGUGGCGUUAGCGGCAGUGCUUAUGAAGAAUUUAGGCAACGUGCCAAGGCAGCAGCAUUCGGUGGCGAGACGCCAGCCACCGCACCACCGCUCGGCGAAAGCAAUAGUAAGCAUUCCGCUUUCAAUUUCCAACAUGACAAACUGUUCAAGGACUUUGAUGCGCUGUCGCAACAAUUACACAUGGAACUCGAGGAGGGUAAGGCGCAACGGCAGCAACGCGAGAAGUCCGCAUCACUGUUCGAUCUCAAUCGUACGCAGUGGAAUUUCAAGGACCAUUUCGAUGAGUUGAAGCAACAACGGCAUGAGCAUAUGCAAGAGUUGGAGCGUGAAAUUGAGCGUUCGAUGCGUUCGCGUCAAUUGAAGGGGUGGGCUAAUGGUGGUGCGCCGAACACAGCGAAUGCAACGCCUGCUGGACGUACCUAUGAAAUACCAAUACAAAUUGAGCAAAAUAACGGUAAUUACAGCAAUGGUUAUGCGCGCAAAGCGGAUAGGAGCUCAGCGCCCCGAGAGCUGACACAGCCGCGGUCCUACAAUAUACCGAUUGUGUUGGAAAAUGGCGAUGCGCCAGCAGUGCCACCACCACCAACUGCAGAUUAUGACACAGUGGACGAUGCAUCACGUUUCAGACGCGCUGAGUCGAUGUUUAAUCUUUCCAACGACACGCGACGCACGCAAACACAAUCACAGCAAACAUAUGCCACUUAUGAACGUCCAAAGUCAGCCGCUGCAGAUGAUUGGGCACGUUAUGCAAGCGAUUUUGGCUCCUCCGAAAAUAUUACACGUCCUUUCGCACGUGAAGUGGAGAUUUGCUAUCAGCGUCAGCGACCACGCACCAUACGCGCGCCACGUCUUUCCGCCUCCACCAACGAUCUCUCGUCGUACACGCAUAGUUAUGAUAAUUAUAACGCUUACAAUGCGCGUCGCACGCAAGCUCCCAUGUUACAACCUGUGUCACAACAGCAGCGACCACAUCACGGCAGUUGCUACUCAGUGCUUGAGCGUAACCCUAACCCCACUUAUAUUAGCACAACAACGCGACGCGGCGUAUCGCCAGCACCAGUAUCGCCUAAUCCACAAGCUGCUGCUGCACAGGAGCCGCUCUACAGUCCACAUGCGCCUGAGCGACAGCGCCGCGCUUCUUUACCGCGUGAAAUACAGGAGCAGCAGCUCAAGUAUAUCAGCAGCAAGGAGGAGGAGCUGCGCAUGGAAUUUGAGCGUUUGCAAAAUGAAAGACGUCGUCUCAUGGAUGAGUUAAAUACGCCAACAACGCCAACACUGCAAAUGCCACAGCAUCCAAUGCGUGACAUAUACCGACCAGUACCGAAGUUGCCCACACUCACCGAGGAUGAGGUGUUCCGGCAGCAAAUGGCCGAAGAGUGGCUGAGCAAGGUGGCGGAACGCGAAGAGCGUCGUCUUCAUAAAAUAAUCAAAAUCUCUAAGGUGAAUGAGACGCAGCAAGGACAACAACCGCCUGUGCCGCCACAUCCCAAAACCGACAUUAGCGAUGAGUUCCUCAAACGCGUGCAGGAACGACGCACCAAACUGGCUAUGCCAGCCGACAGCGAUUGGGAGAGUGGCGCGGAGUCACAGCCUGUGAAAGCAGGACACGCGAGCGAGAGUGAUGCCGAGGUGCCGCCAGUGAAGGUGAUCGAGGGCAAAUCAGAGACGGAUUUGAGACAGCUACCACGUCAUUUGCGCGAAUUCGCGCGCUUCUCAAAUCAUAAUGAGGAGAAAAUCGAUGGUGGUCAUCGGGUGGUGCAUCAGGAGGAGGAGCGUCGCCAAGAGGCGAACGGUAAUUCUAUGAGUAGUGCUCUAAAGAAAUCAUCUGUGGUGAAAACUGUGAAGAUUGCAAGACAACCGGAAAUCGUAACAAACAUUAGCCAACGUGUGGCGCCACCAGUCAGUGUGCAACAACAACAACAACAUCAGAAUACACAACAACAACAAGGGCAUAGCCGUACAACAAGCGGCGGUGAAACGGUCACGCGUCGCAGCCAUAUUUCCACUGCCACGUCAAGUUCACGCAGCAGCUACGAAACGCACGCCAAACUGCAGCAAAGAAGCAUUUUAAGCGGCGGUGAUGUUGGUGCUUUUGGUGGUAUUGUGAGUGGUGGUCAUCAACAACAGCAACCGCAUUCACAACUCAGGCACCACAAUCACCAUCAGCCGCACCAGCAACAUCAGCAUCACCACCACCACCACCAGCACAGUCACAGCCACAGCCACAAAGCGAGCAGCAGCAGCAGCCGUCCGCCAGCACCACAUGUGCGCACCUGCAAGAAGACACGCUUCCUGCUGGAGCCGAAUCGGCGCAGUUGGUCCGAAAGCGAUCUGCUCAAGGAGAUCGAUAACGAACUGAAACUGGCGAAGGGUUUCCUCUAUGCAAAUGAGCCAGCAACGAAGGGCAGCAUGUUCGUACCGAAAUUCAAAGCGACCGCACCAAGUGGCUCAGGCAUCUGGACACCCGGCACGCAAACCCCCAACACAUCCUUCACCAACUUGAACGACAUACAUCCGAAGGUCAGCACACCCACACCACCACCACCACCACUACCAGCACAGGGCGCCGGUCAGCCAGUUUGGACGCCACAGCCAUCACCGAGUAGCGGCCGUAAAGAAUUUCGUCCUGUGCGCUUCGAAUCGCCAACACUGCCACGUCGUUACGUCCUGCCGCAAAGCAACGACGCUGGUACACCGCAAGUACCGCCACCAUGGCGUCAAAGCACCACCACCACCGAUGGUGAUAGCUCCUAUGCCGCGCCUUCACCACGUUCCGCCUACAGUUACACGAAUCUCAGUACGCCAACAACGACGAUCGGUUCGGCUGGCAGCACGAAUUACUGUGACUCCAUACCGUCUGAAUCGUCAUUGCUGAAUCACGUCGGCACCGGACCCAGUCAGAGUGUAGCGGACAAAAUCAAAACGUUCGAAAGAUCAGCCUCAACCUCGGCAUUAUACUCGCCGGCGGCGCGACGCCGACACGACACUGCUCAGCCAUUUUACAAGCCCAACGAAGUCAUUUUUAAAGUUAAACAUGAGUACAUGAGCGAACCGGAAACGGAGCACGAUCAUCCAAGAAAAAUGGCACAAUUGGGUCGACGGCAAGUCGACGGCAUUGGACCGGUAACCAACGAUGGAAUGCCCAUUAUAUUGAGAUCGGAGGUCAAGGAGCCACAUCAGCAUGAAUGGUAUAAACGACUCUAUCAGACGAUACACAAGCAGAAGAGCGGCGAUGAUUACGUGAUUCGCUACAAAUGUCAAAGAGCUCGUCCACAAUUGAAGUCGACUGGCUAUCAAUCAGAACCCGAGCCCAAUUACGAUUCCGACUACUCCACAGUAAAGUAUCGAACAUUAGAUCGACGACGUUUGCAAUCGGUCUCAUCGGCCACGAACGUUGCGAAUCGCCAUACGAAUACAUACCAGGACGAUAAAUUAUAUGGUACUAUGCCAAAUCCGAUUAAAUCGGAAUCAAACACAUACAAAAAUCAACCUGGACGCAUUGAAGACUACGUAACGGGACGUUCAUCAGUCUCAGAGAAGGAACGCAAAGAGUGGUGGGACGAAGUGAUGGACAUCUUUAAUGGGUGGUUAAGGGAGCAUCGUGUAAUUCCACGUAUAUUCAUCGAAUUCGCCGAUGAUGUAACCCACUUGGAACAAACAAAACUCUCGCCGCACUACACUGAAGGAAAUCUUUCCAGAGCCUUAGCCAAAGAGUCUGGUUACGCGAGUGAUUCAAAUUUGGUAUUCCGCAAGCGCGACGUGCCACAAGCCAGCCCACUUAGCCCGGUUGAACAAAAGCAGGCGUAUAAGAGCGUGCAAGCGGGUGGCGAACCACCUUUAUUCGGGUUUAGGAAACCAGCGCCGGAAAGACCAAAAGAAUACCUCGACUACACGCAAAUCUCGCCAACAUUGACUAGGAUACGUGUGAUCUCAACAGCAACAGCAAGCGGCAACAACAAUCUGAAAACUAGCCAAGUCACACACCAACAAGAGCCUCCACAACAAUUCAGGCAUAGUAAAGUUCACCAUCAAGCGAAAAUGUUCGCGCCGUCGUUUAUACCGCUCGGCGGUAAGCGCGCUACCAGUGCCAGCGGCGCUUCACCACCCCAACCGCCGAAUCGCAAAUCGUCGUGUCAAAAAGUGACUGCUAAGUCAUCGCCAGCACGUCCACCGAAGCCAACACCGAACAUACCAAAACGCCAUGAGCAAUGCUUCCAAAGUCCCGAGGAAACUGUGUUGGGCGCCAACAAGUAUGCAACAAUUACGCUGCGCAAACACGGACGCGUUAAUGGCGCGAUUUGUCGUUCAAAAUCGGCUGGCGCUGUUUCAACACUAUUAGCGUCUACGAAAAGUGGCGCUGACACGCCAGCACCGCCGAGAGCGCUCAGCAUUUGUCGUGAUGAUACAAACGUACCGGAUGGCAUGCGAAUUAAGCGUGUGCAACAACAUACACGCUUUCAUUCGAUCAGUCCCACGCGUUCGCAAACUCGUGUAGCGACGUUACGUCAAUCGAGUCGCAGUCCGGUCGCUUUCGGACGUUCGAUCUCGAAGGAGCGUACAUUCGCCGAGGAGAAGAAGCGUUUGGAGAAUACCUUACCGACUGCGUUGACCAAUUUUGAAGCGAGCACAAAUAUUUUACGCGAUCCAUCACUCAAGUCACCGCAAGAGGUGAAACAAGCCGUGCGAUCAUAUGCCACAUGUGUGGCACAUCUGCGUAGCAAGUCAAUGCCACGCCUCAGGGAGGAAGUAAAGAAGGCGGAGCAGUCUAGCGUUAGCACCACAGUGCGUCAUUCAAUGUGCUUUCCACAGGCCAAAAUCUUCGAUUGUGCCAAAGCAAUGCGUAAGUCAUUGACGCGUUCGAAGAGUCCGCGUCCGAAAAAUGUCUCUACGAUCAGUCUUACACGCACCGACUCCACUUUUUCGAUCGACUCAACAACACCGAAAAACGUUAGUAGAACUAAUUUGGUGGUUUCGAAAAGAGUUGCAGCGCCCAAAUCCAAGACCGAAAGCAAAACCAUUAAAGCAAAACCUGUAACACAACAAAAUGGUAAGCGAAUUUCCGCUUCGACUAAAGGAAACACAAUACCGAAGGCGCUGAAAACACGCAGCUCAUUAAAGACACAAACUUCGCCUACAGUUAUAAGUUAUAAGCGCGCGGAAGGCACGCAUACCAUACCACGUACCGGGUAUCAAUCUAUAUCGCUGCAUCAGUCGCGUAGUCUCAGUCCAAAGCGUUACUACCACCUGGAAGAGUACAAUGCCAGGUUAGACGAUUACGAUGUAGUAGAUCGUAGUUAUGUAGAUGAUUUACUUUGGCAAUAUGAGCGCAGUACACCGAAACACUACCCAGCUCCCGCUGUACCAGUUGAGUCCACUGCCAGAGAUAUCGCACGUCCAGAAUCUCCCACACCAAGUUUAAAACAUAGAAAGUUUUCGCCUACACGUGAAGUACGUGUGCCACAAGAGCCCAGAAGCUUACAAGUUUCGUACAGUAAAACUGAGUCUCCCAGAACGGACGUAGAGUUGGUGCAAACUGCCAUUAGUACCGAACGCACCAGUCGAUUUUCGCCAACACGUGAAGUACGUAUGCCUAAUCUGCCACCGAGCUUGCAACCUACAAUGCAACGUUCGAAAUCUUCGAGAACUGUGCGCGAUAUAGCACGACCGGAAUCGCCAGCUUUUGCAGAGAAUUCGCGUAGAUUCUCACCCACACGCGAGGUACGUGUGCCACAACCGCCACAAAGUUUACCACCUCCACUGCCACCAGUUUCUUCGUCACAUACAAUGCGUGAUCAAGUACACACGCAAUCUUCUUCGAAAGAGACGAGCGCACCUCCGCGAAAGUUCUCGCCCACACGUGAGAUACGCGUACCACAACAACAGAGCGCACGCAGUGUACGUUCGCCUUCGCGACGUCGCAUAGACACUUACCGUGCAAGCACCACGAAAUCUUCGGAUAAAUACGAUGCUGGUAAGGUAUUAAGAGCCAGCAGUUUAAGUAGCGCCGAUGAUCGCUCCAAGCGUGGGCUCUACCUUUGUGGUGAUCUAGCGCAUAGCGCAACCUCGCUUGAGCAUUAUGAACGACACAGUCCUACAUGUCGCUAUCGUAAUAACUCCGAACGUUUUACGGAGCUGAAUAGAUUCUACAGCACUCUAGAGCGCGUCGGACAGUUAGAGCGCGCAACCUCUUUAUCGUCGUUUAAACCGAUACGUCGGGAUGGUGAACCUUUAGAUUUCGAUGAGUGGCGUAAGAUACGGCAUCACGAACGUGCCGAAAAGGAAUUAAACUAUUUGGUGGGCAAGUUAAAACACGAACAACGCACAAAAGAUUUUGUGUUUCGUCCCAAAGACGUGGAGGACGUGAAAUGGCGUCAAGAAACAGAUUUUGGCUUGCACUCAAAAGAUAAAUCCGUGGAGGAUUUACGAUAUAGCUUCGAACAGAAGAAUAUUUUCGCGGAUUAUGAACAAAAGUUGCGUCAAGAGUUUGAUGGAUCACGUGAAAUCGUGCGCCCCUACUGGCGUCGAAACACUGUAGCAGAUUUGGCUUCCAGUUUGGAAGGCAAAAUCCAGCCAGAUAGUGUAUUAGACCAUAUGACAGCAUCAGCAGAGCCCGAAGAGCUCGCUAAGUGUCAGUUGAGCAGUCGUCUCGUAAGCACGCUCUCCAAGGAUCAGAUAUUAAAGAUAACACAGCAAUUAAAUGAAAUUUAUGCGAACAACACGCAAGCCUCUACGGAAGAUUAUGUGAUCACUGUGGAUGCGGAUGCUAAGCGACGGGCCGCUCUACCGGGUGCGCUCAAAGUGCGUUGCAACUCUACAUUAACGAAAGAGGAACUCUUAAAACCAACUAUUAGCAAGAAACUAGCGAAAGAUACCACAACCAGUAAAGAACACACAAAAGGUAAGACCACAAAAGAAUCUACUUCGAUGGAAACUACAGCUAAAACCCCACGUAGCAGCUCGCCAGUAUAUCUGGCACGUGAAACACGCGGUGCAGUUGCCGCAAAAAAUGCUGAGGUUUUCAUGCCGAAACCGCCGCCAAUACCAGAACAACCCAAAUCCGGAAAUCUUGAUAGGAAAACCGCAGAACAACGCCAACAUGCAAAAUUAGCAACUGACGAAACCGAACCAUUCAAAAGCCAUGUGCACUAUGAACAACUCAAGGAGGAUCUUGAAAACUAUAAGCAAUGUGAGCUUACGCCCAGCGGCAAGGAACCGAAAGAGAAAAUCACACAGAAGAUACAAUAUUUCGAAGAACGUCAAUAUGACGAACCACCAAAGACAAUUUAUCACGCACGUGAAGACUCUUCCCCGGACGAAGCCGAGGUAAUGAAGGUGAUUGAAGAAAAUAUGAAAACGCGCGCACGCAAAGGCACACCAACGCCAGCCCAGCAGCAUCAUAAGGAGCUUAGUCACUCUCUAACCGAUCUGAAGGAUAUUUUUGGCGAACGCCACACCGCACGUGUAAAUUUUCACAUGCACUCACCGCCCGAGCGUCCACCCGACGUCGGAAGCGUUUCACAGCCGAUGAGUCCAGUGCGUGAUUGUAUGGAAGUGACAGAAGACGCUUGGUAUGAUUUAGGCGAAUUGACGCCAAACAGCAGCGUCGAGCAGUUGGAUGCACACUAUCGCUCUCGCAGCAUUUCGCCCGUCUCACAGGCCUCAUCUUCUUACCUGUGUCGCGUACACACUGGUGAUGUACGCAAAAUGACGGAACGUUUCGAAAGUUUUGGCGAGCACGAUGAUAGUCGGUGUCAUUUUUUUGGGGUUAGUACGCUGAGAAAGGUGCGCAGCGAUCCUGAGUUGAAGCAAUUCAAUGAGGGUUCAAAAGACGCCUUAAAGAUGGAGACGCCAAACGAGGAAUGUGGUGAUGUACAAGCGCUGGCGCACAAAUUCGAACAACGCAGUCAGAGUAUGCGCGUAGGUACGGGAUGUGGACGUGGUCGCACACCAUAUCGGCGUGUAAUCUCGCCGAUAGGUGUAAGAGAUCGACUCAUGCCACAUAUCGAUAUAAUAAGUAAGACCGCUGCAUUAAAAGAGAACAAGCAUGCAAGUGCACCACGACAUUUGGUAAAAACAUCACCCGAACGUAGUUUUGUCGUUGAAAGAAUACGCAGUCAAUACGAACGUAGCUUAUCACCACCAACAAACGUGUUUAAAUCGAGCUCAAGCCCGGAUAUACCGCAAGCAGCAGCUAUUUCACCACAUCUCUCGGCCGACUGGAUUGCACACAAGUAUCCAAGUCCAACACAGAAUGCCUAUAAAGGAAACGGUACUGCAAAACCGAUACGCAAGGAACGCACUUCGGUGCGCAUAGCAAAAAUUUUACGACGCCUACCGCCACGUUCGAGUUCGGCUUCGCCACCGCGACCACCAAAAACACGACAAAACGGUCGUGAUACUUCGUUCCGGCGCAUGCGACAUGGCGACAUUUUCGCGAAUCAACAAUUCGAUCCGAAGAAGCAUCAACCGAAGGCGCGCUAUGUGCCAGACGGCGCCGAGGCAAAUGAGCGCAAGCGUGCCACUUCGCAUCCACGUUGCGGCGGCAGUUGUGAGAUACUCAAGAGUGCUAUGGCGGUGUCAUUUCAAGAAUCUCCAAAUCGUUAUCUUGAAUCGGAUGUGAAUAUCCAUUUCAAGACACCAAUACGUCAUGAAUACAAACAGGCCAUGUCGGAUGAGGAUUUAGCACAACGGCAAGCCGAACAAAUGCAAAAGCUCUAUCAGGAGGAACGUCGUCGCAAGUACUUACAGGAGUUACAGGAUAUGAAUGCACGUCGUCACACCGAUAACUUCACGCCUACACAAAAAUCACCAAUACCUUUAAAUCGUUAUGAUGACUUCCAAUCGGAUUUGGCGCCCAAAUCGCCGAAUGCGAUAACCACAAGAACGCCAGCGCGUGCGCUAUAUAACUUCCAAGGACAAAAUGCCAGAGAGCUCACAUUCAAGAAGGGCGAUAUCAUUUACAUACGCCGCCAGAUUGAUCGCAAUUGGUAUGAAGGUGAAUUUAAUGCCAUGAUUGGUCUGCUGCCCGUGAGCUAUGUGGAGGUCGUCAACAAAGAAACUGCUCGUCAACAACCAAAGAAACCCUCUGAGGGACAGGCGCGUGCCAAAUAUAACUUCCAAGCGCAAUCCGGCAUCGAAUUGUCGCUGAAUAAAGGCGAAUUGGUCACACUGACGCGACGUGUGGACGACAAUUGGUUUGAGGGCAAAAUUGCCAAUAGAAAGGGUAUCUUCCCAGUGUCAUAUGUCGAGGUACUCACCGAUAUUGGCGCCGAAGAUAUUGCCGCACGCACCGUUAUCAGCGAACAUGCGAGUGUCACGAAUUUACGCCCCUCACUCGACACCUUACGCACAAAUAUUAAUAACGAGUUCAAUUUAAUAACCAAAAAUGGCCAUCAACCGCCGAAUGGCAUACUCAAGGAAACCAAACAUCACAAUAACAAAAUUGAUGCACUGCAUGUGGACACGCAUUCAGAGCCGUUAGUCUAUCGCGCACUCUACAAGUAUCGCCCACAGAACUCCGAUGAGAUGGAGCUGCUGGAGGGUGACAUCGUUCAUGUGUUGGAGAUAUGCGACGACGGCUGGUUCGUGGGCACGUCACAGCGUACCGGCUGCUUCGGCACCUUCCCCGGCAACUAUGUGGAACGAGUGCGCUGAGCGUGCGCCUGGCCCCAAAGGCGUUCUAUAAAACACAAACACACAUACACACUCACCAAUCAAAACACAAACAAAAAACGUUGAAACACUUUAGUUGAAUGAACAAAUUUAAUGAAAAGCAAUCAAAGAAAUUAAUCAUUAAAUAUUAAUUAAAACAAAAACAAAAAACAAAUACCAGCAGCUGCAAUAGUUAAAGUCGCUUAAUAUAAAUUACAUUUAAUUUUUGUUGUUAUUAUAUACAUACAUAUAAUAUUUUAUUUUGCAGACUUGUGUAACGUUUAAAUUAAAAAAAAAAAAAAAAACAUUAAAAAACAUAUUUAUUUACAUAUAUUAAUGUUGACAAAUAUAACUCUAUAUAUUACAAACAAACAUAUAUAUUAUUAACCACAAAGUUAGCGUUGGAAAAUAAUAAAUUGUAAUUAAUUUGCAAAAACAAAAAGCAUAAAAGUGAGGCAAAAAGCACAACAACAACAACAGCAGCCAGUACAAUUGUGGCUGCGCAGCAGAGCCUCCACAUGGUUUACUAAUAAAACUAGUCAAAGCUAUUUCCAAAAAAAAAUUAA